GUCCAUUUUCUGUCUCUGUGGAGUCUGGACAUGUCAUAGGCAGGUGGAAUGGAAUGACUGAUAGGCAGGUGGAAUGGAAUGAUAGGCAGGUGGAAUGGAAUGAUAGGCAGGUGGAAUGGAAUGAUAGGCAGGUGGAAUGGAAUGAUAGGCAGGUGGAAUGGAAUGAUAGGCAGGUGGAAUGGAAUGAUAGGCAGGUGGAAUGGAAUGAUAGGCAGGUGGAAUGGAAUGAUAGGCAGGUGGAAUGGAAUGAUAGGCAGGUGGAAUGGAAUGAUAGGCAGGUGGAAUGGAAUGAUAGGCAGGUGGAAUGGAAUGAUAGGCAGGUGGAAUGGAAUGAUAGGCAGGUGGAAUGGAAUGAUAGGCAGGUGGAAUGGAAUGAUAGGCAGGUGGAAUGGAAUGAUAGGCAGGUGGAAUGGAAUGAUAGGCAGGUGGAAUGGAAUGACUGAUAGGCAGGUGGAAUGGAAUGAUAGGCAGGUGGAAUGGAAUGAUAGGCAGGUGGAAUGGAAUGAUAGGCAGGUGGAAUGGAAUGAUAGGCAGGUGGAAUGGAAUGAUAGGCAGGUGGAAUGGAAUGAUAGGCAGGUGGAAUGGAAUGAUAGGCAGGUGGAAUGGAAUGAUAGGCAGGUGGAAUGGAAUGAUAGGCAGGUGGAAUGGAAUGAUAGGCAGGUGGAAUGGAAUGAUAGGCAGGUGGAAUGGAAUGAUAGGCAGGUGGAAUGGAAUGAUAGGCAGGUGGAAUGGAAUGAUAGGCAGGUGGAAUGGAAUGAUAGGCAGGUGGAAUGGAAUGAUAGGCAGGUGGAAUGGAAUGAUAGGCAGGUGGCCUUCUGUGUCAGUACUUCAUUCUUUCUGCUGAUGGACCACUACUCCCUCUCAAUGUCCACUGAUGAAGACUUGGGCUGUUCCCACGUUUUGGCUAUCAUGGACAAUACAUUCAAGAGCACACAUGAAUAUGUUUUUGGUGUUGCUACUGUUGUUUCAGACAGGGUCUUACUAUGUAGCUCAGGCUGGCCUGGAACUCACAAUUCUCCUGCAUAGCCUUCUGAGUGCUGGGAUGACAGGCGCACCGCCAUGCCUGGCUUUGGAUAUGUUUUUUAUGGAGGCUGGAAGAGAGGAGAAAGGAUUCUCCCCAGAGCCUCCAGAGGGAGCACAAUUCUGUCACCCUGAUUGUGGACUUUCCUUAACCAGGACUCUGAGGCCCAGCAGUGGGGAGGUAGAAGCACGCAGAUCUCUGUUGAGUUCCAGGUCAGCUUGGUCUACAAAGCAAGAGACUGUCUCAAAAAAAACAAAAACAAAAACACAAAAACCAA